AUGACAGAUAGAGAUUUAUUAAAGGACGAAGAAUUUAUAGAGAUUCAAAAUCUGAAUUCUAUAGAGAGUGAUAAACGUCGUCAUUCAAUUGCAUACGACAAAGUAAUGAGUACACAAGAUAAUGAAGAUAAUAAGGACCAUGUUCAUGUUAAUUCUGAAGAUCAUAACGAUUUGAAACAUAUCAUUAGUCAUCAAACAGAAGAAGAUAGUAAAUUGUUACAUAAUGAUGAAUUUUUAAAGAGAUAUUUGAAAAACUUGCAUAUAGCUGAGAAACGUAGAUAUCGUAAUGAAUCUAUAAUUUCUUUCUUUUCUGAUGUUGAUUUUGAUAAUAGACCUUCUAUUUUUGAUGGUGCAAUUAAUGAACCAUAUUUAUCAUCGUUUGAAGGACCAGUUCUCGAAAAACAGAUUAAAGCAUUUGAAAAAUCUAAGAAAGAAAUGAAAAGAGAAAUAUCUCUGGAAAAACAAUUGGGGAUCAAUCCUGAAAAGCAGGACAAUGGAUUGGAUUCAAGAUCUGCAGUUACUAGUACUGUUGAUUUAGAUACUCCUAUGAUGUCUACGUCAGUCAGUACAUCAGAUUUGGUAAGAAACUCCUCCACAUUCAACUAUAAAAGAGUUCCAACGAAAUAUAUUUUAAAUUUCUCUGGUUUAUAUGUUAUGUUUUGGAUGAUUCUAGGUUUGAUUAUUGUCAAGGGUCUUAUAGAUUAUAAGACAGAGUACGGUGAUUUUAGAAAUUUUGAAAUUUUAAAUAUUUUCAUUACCAAGAAAAUGGCUGUUGCCAAAGUUGAUUUUGCAAUGUAUGUUGCCUCAUACGGUGUGGUAUUCAUCCAAUGGUUGGUUAAAAAGAACCUAAUUCAAUGGAAGAGUACUGGUAUUUGGAUUGCGACCAUUUAUGAGUUCGGAUUUAUGAUUUUUUUUUAUUACGCUACGUUAUGUCUAGUCGACCUUCAUUGGAUCUCUAGAAUUUACCUAUUUUUGCAUUCAGUUGUGUAUUUAAUGAAAAUGCAUUCAUAUUCUUUUUUCAAUGGGUAUUUGUGGUGUAUAACAAGAGAAUUGGCUUAUUCUACUAAGGCUCUAGCUAAAUAUAAGGAUACAGCAGGUAAAAACAUUAUUAAAGUAUUAGAAAGAAGUAGAGAUUUCUGUCAAUUUGAAUUGAAUACUCAAACUGUUUCAAAUGACAGUAACAUGAAAUUCCCAGAUAAUAUUACAAUUCCAAAUUAUUUCAUGUUUACCAUGUUCCCUGCUGUUGUGUAUCAAUUUGAAUACCCAAGAACCCAAAGAAUUAGAUGGGGGUAUGUCUUUGAAAAAGUUUGUGCUAUAUUUGGUACAAUUUUCAUCCUUAUUGUCGUUGCACAGUUAUUCAUGUUACCACCAUUAGAACGUGCUUUGAAAUUCAGAGAUCACCCUUUGGAGAAUAGAACAGUAAGAACUAUGGAAUGGUUCUACUUGGUAGCAGAAAUUGAUCCUGGUCUAACAGUUAUAUAUAUGUUAUGUUUCUAUUUGAUUUGGGAUGCUAUUUUGAAUUGUUUUGCAGAAUUGACUAGAUUCGCAGAUAGAUAUUUCUAUGGUGAUUGGUGGAAUUGUGUUUCAUGGUCAGAGUUUGCCAGAAUUUGGAAUGUCCCAGUUCACAAAUUCUUAGUAAGACAUGUCUACCAUGCAUCUAUGAACAACUGGAAACUAACCAAAGUACAAGCCACGCUAUUCACUUUUGUGUUGAGUUCCAUCUUCCAUGAACUUGCUAUGAUCAUCAUUUGGAAAAGGCUAAGAGGUUAUCUAUUCCUUUUCCAAUUGUCUCAAUUACCAAUGGCAUACGUCAGCAGCACAAUCCUAAAGGAUAAAGCUGUUUUCAACAAUGUUUUAUUCUGGUGUGGUGUCUGUUCAGGACCAGCCGUAAUUAUUGCACUAUAUACCAUGUUUUGA